AUGGGAACUCGAAGCUCCAAGCCUCAGAAGCAGGCACAUGUCUUGAUGCUUGGACUGGAUGGUUCCGGAAAAACGAGUCUGUUAUACAAACUGAAGUUCAACGAGAAUGUGUGGACAGUGCAGACUGUGGGCUUUAACGUGGAGAGCCUGGAUGCAGAUCGAAGCAGCCUUGUGCUUACUGUGUGGGAUAUUGGUGGCCAGAGGGCGAUGCGACCUCACUGGAAACAUUUUUACCCUGAUGCAGCUGGAGUGCUGUUUGUGGUAGACAGCUGGGACCAAAAACGAUUAGAGGAGGCUCGAAAGGAACUUCAUAGGGCCCUACAUUCUGAGAUCCUGAGGGGCAUUCCCUUAGUGAUCUUAGCCAAUAAACAGGACCUUUCUGGGGCCCUGAGCGCAGGAGUCCUCUGUCAGAAGCUUGACCUCCGGAGAGUGUGCCAGGGAAGAGCCUGGUUUAUUCAGCCAUGCUCAGCUGCUACAGGCAUGGGGCUUCAGGAUGGAUUCAGAAAAAUGGUCUAUCUAAUGAAGACACCACUGAGGCAGACAAAAGAGGACAUUCAGAUCAAGAUGCAGUCAAAUUGCCGCAGCUUGAUCACAAUAAAGAAAGCUUUAGCAUGUGGCCCACAGAGCUGA